AAUUUAUGCUUAAUCAAAACCCUCAUACAGUCGCUAGUUCUUCGUAAUGAAAUAAUUUUAAAUUCAAUUUCUAAUAAUUUUAAUGUAACCGUGGUUUCUACUUCUUGUUUUCAUUCCGAAAGAAAAGCAGAAUAUCAACACGCAUAUUGGCUGUUAAAAUGGCUACUGGAGAUUCAAAUGAAUCUAAAAGCGAGGAUGUUUCGAACAACACACAAACGGAUGUUAAUGCUCACCAAAAAACAUUUACUCUUGAGAUAUUGCACAUAAUUAAAGAAGCUCAACAGCAACAUGGUUUGAGACAUGGUGAUUAUCAACGAUACAGGAGCUAUUGUAGUCGUAAACUUGGUCGCAUCCGUAAGGCUUUGCAUUUCAUCCAGAUUUCAAAACAUAAGUUUCAGGGGAAAAAAGUUACUGAAGAAGUUCUGACUGAUGUUAGGUUUUUGUAUAUACCUUUGAUGAUGGCUGAAAGAGCUUGGGGCUAUGCUAUGCAAUUGAAACAAGAGGCAAAUACAGAACCACGUAAGAAGUUUCACUUGGUGUCUAGAUUGCAGAAAGCUGCAAAAAUUGCUACUGACUUAGAAGUCUUAUGUGAAAGUUCAAAAUGUGAUGCUAGAACAAAACUAGAAGCUCAGGCUUAUUCUGCUUGGAUAAAGGGAUCCCUUUAUUUUGAAUUACAAGAAUGGCAGGCUGCCAUUGAGCAGUUUCGUAUAUCCCAAACUAUCUAUGAAAAACUUUCGGAAGCUUUGAAUGAAGAAGAAGUUAUACUUUACAAGCAAAGAGUAGAAGAACUGACUCCUAAUAUUCGCUAUUGUGCCUAUAAUAUUGGUGAUGAAACAGCUAUUAAUGAUUUACUCAAACUUAGACUCUCUGGAAAAACAUCUGGAGAAGAUUUAUUAGCUGCUGACUUAGAUCAUUUAAUAGCUCAAACUAGAGAAAAACAAGCAGUUACUCUCUCUGAAGUAGAAUGGAGAAAUCGUAAGAUACCUGUUCGUCAUGAGAAAAUUAGAUUAUUUUUGUUAAAUGUUCAAGAUUCUCAAACUCAAGUAGAUCAAGCACAUGAUUUCCAGGCGAAAAUAGCUAUUUAUGAACGCUUACUUUUAGAAUGCAAAGAUGCUCUGCAAGUUGUCCGAGAUGAAAUGAAAGAUCAGGCAGCUAAAGGUCGCUCCGAGGCAGUGCAAUCAAGUCUCACAUUUUUACAUUCUUACUUGACUUACAUAAGGUUAUCCAAAACUAUAGAACGUAAUUUAAUAUUCAUUGAGUCACUGAAGCAGAACAUGGUGAAUUCUGAAGUGUCAGAGGGCAAGAAAUUAACUAAGCCUCAAGAUUUAAUUAGACCUUAUGAAAUCAUAAUCCAAAAUUUAAAUGAAAUGACUCAACUACCUGAGUUAGAAUCUGAUACUCAGUUUUCGGAAGAGAUUGAAGCUACCUGCCUAGCUUACAAGGCUCACAGGUGUUAUUAUAUUGCCGAUGUUUAUGCCGCUGCUAAUAAGUGGGUUGAAGCUAUGGCUCUUUAUGGUCGUGCUGAAGAAUACAUAAAAAGUGUCUUGAAAAAUCCAGUUUUUAAGGAUCAGAAAUUGAUUGGACAGCUAAAAGACCUUGGAACUAAAAUUGAGGGGAACAAAUAUAAUGCUUACUCAUUAAGUAUUUUAGGAAAUGAUCCUUCUACCUCUCAAGGGGAAACAAGUAAAAAGAAAAAGAAUUUAACUGAAAGAUUGGAUGAAUACUUGGAAGAUUCAUCUUUAGUUUCCCAACAACCUAAAAUUACACAAUUCCCUCCAGAUUUCAAACCCAUCCCUUGCAAACCUCUAUUUUUUGAUUUAGCUCUUAAUCAAGUUGAAUUUCCUUCAUUGGAAGAUCGCAUCGAACAAAAGAAAGGAGGUAUUACCAAUUUUGUACGAGGCUGGCUUGGAGGAUGGAAAUAAUUUUGUACUUAGAAAUCUUUUCUACAUUUUGAAAACUGUUAUUAAAAUUGACUUCUAUAUUG